AUGGGGGAGAGCCUCGCCGGCGCUGUCGCGUCGAUGCGCCUCGGAAGCUCCGGCCACGGCCCCGCCAGCCCGCAGGCGCAUCCCAUCUCGAGCCCGAGCAGCCUGGGCACCGCCUCGCCCUCGCACAGCCUCCACAGCCCCAGCCGCGGCGCCUCGCGCCACCGCCUGCUCGGCGCGAGCAUCUCCAUCCCGCGCCCCAACCUCCGCCGCACGACGUCCUCCCGCAAGGACAUGGUCGUCCGCAUCACCCCGCCGCUCCUCCUACAAGCCGCAAUGGCCACCAUCGCCUCGGAAGAGUUCCACGACCGCGCCACGGGCGACGACGGCCGCGACCACCACUCCUCAGAGGGCGCAACGGUCCUAGCGCUGCUGCGCCGGGCCCCCGUCGACCUCCUCGAAGUCAUGGUCCGCGAGGCCGUGCGCGUCGCGGAGCUCCCGGACGGCGGCACGCUCGCGGAGCUGCAGGACCUGUUGGACUGUCCCGGCGUCGAGGUGGUGGACCUGUGCGGGCAGGAGGUGGCGGGGCCGCAGGGCAAGUCGCUGCGGAUGUCGCGACCGGGGCAGCGGCUGCGGAACGGGCGGCUCACGCUGCGCGGCGGGCACCAGCGGGUGUGGUUCAGCAACGGGGGGAGUGAGGACCAGUGGGUCGGACUGCUGGUGACGGGCAAGAACUGCGCGCUCGAGGACCUGGAGGUGACGGGGAUGAACGAGCCGGGCAACUGCGUGUUUGCGCACGGUGCGCAGGGGCUGGUGAUAGAGCGCGUGCACCUGGGGGGCUGCCGGGCGGACCACGCGGUGUGGGUGACGGGCGCGAAGUGCGUGAUGCGCGACUGCAGCGUGAUCGCGCUGGAGGGCAAGGGGUGCUACUGCAGCGACGGCGGCACGCUGCGGAUGGAGGGGUGCCGGAUCGAGGACAACCGGUCCAUGGGCGUGAUGGUGAGCGGCGCGCACUCGGUGGUGGAGCUGGUCGGCGGGCGGGUGUGCGGGAACGGGAAGCACGGGGUGUACGUGCACGCGGGGGGGACUGCCAGCCUGUCGGGCGGGGUCGAGGUGCGGGACAACGACGGGAACGGGGUGCUGGCGUGCUUCGAGUGGUCCCUCGCGGACCUCUGCGACGCGAGCGUCGUGAACAACGGCGAGUACGGCGCCGUCGCGGAGGGCCUCGCCGCGGUGCGCCUCGAGGGGGAGCGCGUCGACCUCAGCGGGAACAAACUGGGCACGCACCUCGCUGUCGAAGACGGCGAGGUCGACGUGCUGUAG